GUUUCCUGUGUGCAGGUGAGGGAGACCCAGGCUCUGAUCCUCGCUCCAACCAGAGAGCUGGCCGGACAGAUCCAGAAGGUGCUGCUGGCUCUCGGAGACUACAUGAACGUCCAGUGUCACGCCUGCAUCGGAGGGACCAACGUGGGCGAGGACAUCAGGAAGCUGGACUACGGUCAGCAUGUGGUGGCAGGGACGCCUGGACGAGUGUUCGACAUGAUUCGCCGCAGGAGUCUGAGGACCAGAGCCAUCAAGAUGCUGGUGCUGGACGAAGCCGACGAGAUGCUCAACAAAGGUUUUAAGGAGCAGAUCUACGAUGUGUACCGUUACCUGCCUCCGGCCACUCAGGUGGUCCUGAUCAGCGCCACGCUGCCACACGAGAUCCUGGAGAUGACCAACAAGUUCAUGACCGACCCCAUCCGCAUCCUGGUCAAACGGUCGGUGCAGAAACACACCCAGGAAAUAUUCAAUAACUCAUCCAGGAAUAUUCAAUAACUCAUCCAGGAAUAUUCAAUAACUCAUUCAGGAAUAUUCAAUAACUCAUUCAGGAA